AUGAACGCUACGUUUGAGAGGCGACUUAGACAAGUCUCCGUAAAAAGACGACUAGGAAAGACUAAUACGUCAGCAGUCAACGGUCGAAACGAUCUCAGAAACAAGCUUAAUCUUACUGUACGGACACCUGAUGCACGGACGUUGCUUCGCAACCGUACUCGUCAACGUAACUCGACAUUUCGUGACGCUAGAAAUGUCUUGAGGUCGAGGAAUGUACCUCAUCCACGCCGAAACCCUCGAGUCCCGUUCUUCAUUCCCAUAAGAACGAUUAAAAAUGAACUUUUUGGAGGUCAAAUAAACAGUCUACGAAAUGCACGAAAACCACGUCCAGCAUCUCUUCGUCCAGGUAUUCCUGAUCUGCUGAGCUUACCGUUGCCUCUUCCUAAUCCUCUUGAUUUUCUUAAUAACCCUACACCCACUACUGGGUUAUUUGCUAACUUGUUACCGUUCAAUGAAGUUCCAGUGUCUGCUUCUUCAUCAGGACCUAAGAUUAGUCCAAUACAAGGUUUCCGUGUGGAAAUUCGUAACCUUCAGCCGUCCGUCACGCUAGAUGAUGUAUUCGAGCUAUUUAGCAGCGUUGGGAGUUUACGUCUGUGUACUGUUACACGUCCUGGCCAAGCAGAAGUAAUUUAUAAUCAUUCUUCAGAUGCGCUUGAAGCUAUUGAACGUUAUAAUGGUCGUGAACUAGAUGGCCGUCCAAUGCGUGUAAGCCUUACUACACCAGUUAGUGAUUUACCCAGUGAACGUGACACUUCUGCUCGCAUGGCCUCAAGACUCGGACCAAAUUAUGGAAGGAAACAAACUGAAACGCAGGCUAAACAAGUUAUUCGUGAGUCUCUGGACAAAUCAGGCAUUCCGGUCGAAGUAGACGCAGAUGUUGUUCGCAAAGCUUUGUUCAACGUUAGUUCAUCUGGUAGCGUUCAAUCUAGAAGACCAGUUGAUUUCAGCGUUAGUUUACGUUAAAAAGAUAUACCAGAAGUUAGGUGUUUUACAAUACGUUCUACUAACCGCUCAUUUCUCAGUCAUUAAUGUGUGUAUAACCAAAAAGUGUAUGUUACUUUGUUGAUUUGUUCAUUUAUCAAUAUAACACUGGAUUUUCGAUUCC